UAAGCUGUGAAUUUCAGUCAUAUCUACAAUUUCGGCAACAUAAGACCUUCCAAUUUUUGUUUGUAAUAAGUACAUUUUUUACUUUACGGUUUCUGGUGUGAUAGGUAGUUAGUUUCCGAACUCGAUACACCGAUAAAAACCAUGUUUCGCAAUUUGUCGAUGCUGAGGAACCAGUUGGCGCUGCACCGAACCCUUGUGGCCCGCCUGACUUCGCGCUCCAAAAUGUCCACCGGUGUUACGUGCCUAACCAUUAACCGUCCGCGAAACAUCGACGGUGUUACCGUGAUAGAUAUCAAUAUGAAUGAUAUGGCCAAGAAUGACGUGGAGUUCAAUCGCAAUUUCGUCAACUCGCUCACAUUGAUGGACCGUCCCCAUUUCCAAGAGGUGACUAAUACGGUGGGAGCGGAUGCAGUGGAGUCGCCGCCGGCAGAGAAUUCGAUUCCUGGAGACACUGUGGAGAUCCUGCCUCCUGGCGCACCCAGUUCCGUCAUAGGCGUGGACGGCAACCCCAUCGUACCCAUCGAGAUAGACGGCUGGAAUCAGGACGAGGAGGAUCCCACCGUGCAGAAGAACGAGAAGGACGUGGACAUUGGCAACGAUGACGAGUACAAGGCUGAGAUGGCGCUGCGGGUGCCAGAGGUCAGGGAAGCUCAAACCGAGUACAAGGGCAUUAAGGUGAAGCUGCCGGAUAUGGCCAGCCAGGAUGUGGGCACUUAUCGCUUCCGCCGGGACUCAAAGGAUCUGAAGGAGGUCGGCGACGACACGCGUCUGGUUCGAUUUGACAAAUAGGGAAGACAGUUUACCUUUGACUAAGCAUUCAAAAAUUCGUUUCGAUCUUCUGGCCCACUUACGCUUGUAACUUUUCCAAUUUUUUCCAGUUGUGAGGUAAGGCUAGUUUCAUUCUAAGGGUAGUAGGUAGUAGGCUGCACUAGCAUUGAUGUAAUAAAAUUCAAAUACGUAUUCAGUUGAUGGAGGAA